GCCACGCGCGACAAGCAACAUGGGAGCAACCGAAGUCAAUCAUAGCCCACAUGUGUGCUUGAUAUGAAUAUGAAUGUAUCACAGUCUAUCACAGUUACAGAAAUAAUCGCGUUUAAUUUUGUGUGAUGGUGAAGCUCCACAUAGAGAUCGCUCCAGAGGCGAUCACCCGUUCACAUUUAUGACAGUCACUAGCCUUAUUAAGAAGUCGCGGCUUGGUUCACGUUCCUGCCAUCCGCUGUGGAGAGUCCUCUUUUAUGGAUCCGACACCUUCUCGUUAACCAGUUUAAAAUUACUGAACGACAACAGAAUGACAUCUCCCUGCAGAGGACACACAGGGCUCGGAAGAACGUCACAACCAUGUGUUAUAGGGACUUUAGAAGUUGUAUGCACAAAGCUGAAAGGGCCUAUUGUAGACUACACAAUCAGAGAACAGAUACAAGUAAGGCAGUGGCCUUUUCAAGUUCCUCGGAAUACCUUCGACAUUGGCGUUGUAGUGUCAUUUGGAAGGAUGAUCUCAUCUACUGAUAUUGAAGCUUGCAAAUAUGGCAUGAUUAACGUCCACCCUAGCUUACUUCCAAGGUGGAGAGGGGCUGCUCCUCUUGUUCACACUUUACUUGCUGGUGACGCACUGUCGGGGAUAUCCAUAAUAACAGUGGCGCCAAAACGGUUUGAUACGGGGAAGAUUGUCAUGCAACACGAAGUCCCUGUUCCCCCAGUAGUGGAUCUGCCGAGCUACUCAGCUAUGAUGGCCAAGAUUGGUUCCAACCUGCUUUUAACGUGCUUAAAAGACCUUCCGUCACUGUUGUCAAAGGCAUCGCCACAGUCAGCCGACGGAAUUACAAAAGCGCCCAAAGUGACGAAAGAGAUGGGCAUGAUACAUUGGAACGGUGACUCGUGUGAAUAUCUACAGCGGCUGUACAGAGCAGUGUCCAACUUUGUGGACAUCACAACACUUUGGAAAGGAAGCCCAGUUAAGUUAUACAACAUGGUCAGCGCAGAUGAACUGGUGAAUGCAAAAGUUGAUGAACUGGUCCAGGUGAAAGAGCUGGGGCCAGGAUAUUGCUAUUACCAUCCGAAACGGAGGCUACUUUGCAUCAGGUGUCUUGAUGGGUGGGUUGCAUUUAGAGAAAUUUCUAUUAAGAGUCAUAGAAGAAUGACAGCUACCGAUUUCAACUGUGGAUUCCUACAGAAGACACCUGCUGAGGAGCGUUACUUUGUCUCCUAAGUGUUGGAAAGCUUCUCAGUGAAGCAAAACUUCUGAUGCCGACAGGAAAAAUGUGCACAAAGGAAGAACAUGCAACAUUAACAUUUCCAUGAUAGCUCUUCUCAGUUUUUUUAUUAGUGAAAUGUUGUUGCAUGGAUGCUGUAGAUCAGCUGGCUAUGCCCAGCACAAAAAUAAUAAAAGACGUGAAUGCAGGAAUGA